AUGAGCAGCGAAGGCGAGGUAUUGAACAGGGAGCUGUCAAAAGUAUCUGAUGAAGACUUGUUGUCCUGUUCCAAAGAGGAGUUGGUGAAUCGGCUUCGUAAAGAGGAAACAGAGAAGAUUUCAGCACUGAUUCAGAGAGGAAAGCUCAUCAAAGAAGUGAACAAACAGCUGCAGGGACAUCUUCUAGAAAUCAGGGAGCUUAAAGUAAUCAAUCAACGUCUGCAAGAGGAAAAUGUGGAGCUAAGAGACCUCUGCUGCUUCUUGGACGACGACAGACUCAAAGUGAAGAAGCUGGCCCGGGAAUGGCAGCUGUUUGGGCACCAUGCUGCCAAAGUGAUGAGGGAGGAUCUCGGGGGCUACUUGAAGAAACUGGCUGAUUUGGAGCGCUUGCAGGAUGGUCUGGUGAAGGAAAACGUGGACCUGAAGGAGCUGUGUCUGGUGUUAGAGGAGGAGUGUGUCAGCCGGAGCGAUUCCAGUCCAGGGGGAUCCACCGAGCUCAACUUGCCCUGCAUGGUGGCCCGGGAUCUGGGGGAUGGCAGCUCCAGCACAGGCAGUGUUGGGAGCCCGGAUCAGCUCCUCCUGGUCUGCUCUCCUGAUGACUAA